UGUUGUGUAAAUAGUUUGUGUAGCUUUGCGAAUAUUUGGGAAGUUAUUUUCGACAUUCAUUCAACUUAAAACUAGUGAAUUGUUUUGAAAAUAAGUACAACUCAUACAAAAUUAUAUCGCCAGUAUGAAUAGCCUCAACAUACCCACAGACUUUGGUCCAGAUUCUGGCGGCCGCGUCAAGGGUCUAGUUAUUGUGAAGCCCAUUGUCUAUGGAAACAUUGCGCGCUCUUUUGGCAAAAAGAACGAGGAUGGUCAUACACAUCAGUGGAAAGUGUAUGUUAAACCUUAUCAUAAUGAAGAUAUGUCCGUCUAUGUAAAGAAAGUGCAUUUUAAGUUACACGAAAGUUAUGCCAACCCAAAUCGAAUCGUUACUAAACCACCUUACGAAAUUACCGAAACCGGCUGGGGCGAAUUCGAAGUGGUUAUCAAAAUAUAUUUCCAUGAUCCAACAGAACGGCCGGUGACUUGUUACCAUAUAUUAAAGCUAUUCCAAAGCCCCGUGGUCGAUGGUGAACUAACCAGCACGAAUUUGGACAACACUAAAAGAUUGGGCGCUGCAAACGUACAUUUGGUAUCCGAGUCUUACGAGGAGAUCGUGUUCCAGGAGCCCACCCAAUUAAUGCAACACUUUCUCAUAAAUGUACAACCGCUAACCAGUGGUUCGUAUACACAUGAUACUGACUUUGAAACGAAAAAGGAGAACACCUUGGAAAACAUAAUCGAAGUAAAAGGAAAGGUUAAAAAAGAAAUAAAUUCGCUGAAGGACAAAUUGAAGCUGGCACGUGAAACUAUAACUAAAUUCAAAGCAGAACUGGCAAAGGUACAAAAACCGCCAGCUACAUAAAUAUACCCAUAAUUCUCUGUAAUUAUCUAUGUGAGAAGAAUAAAUUUAUCUGAACGUUUAUAAUAUAUUUCGUACAAAAAUAUACGUUUUUAUUUUGGCAAAAAGAA